GAUUGGCAGAGAGGAGUGGAGGACACCGAAUGGAGGCCAGUGGAGGGAUCGGCAAAGAGGGGUGGAGGACACUGAGUGGAGGCCAGUGGAGGGAUCGGCAAAGAGGGGUGGAGGACACUGAAUGGAGGACACUGAGUGGAGGCCAGUGGAGGGAUUGGCAGAGGGGGGUGGAGGACACUGAAUGGAGGCCAGUGGAGGGAUUGGCAGAGAGGGGUGGAGGACACUGAGUGGAGGCCAGUGGAGGGAUUGGCAGAGGGGGGUGGAGGACACUGAAUGGAGGCCAGUGGAGGGAUUGGCAGAGGGGGGUGGAGGACACUGAGUGGAGGCCAGUGG